CCUACUCGGCCAGUUGCUUUCCCAAAGCCGAACCCUUUGGGCCCCGCACGCCUCAGCUUUAUAGGCGCUCUCCACCGCCGCGGCCGCCACGCGCAGCAACCGGUAGCGGACGAGCAAGCAACCCCAAGCCCUACUGCCACCCCGCCCCACGCCAUGGUCGACCCGGCCGAGCACCGUGCCCCGGAGGAGGAGGAAGAGACCGCGGCGGCGGGCGAGGACGAGGACACCGGCGCCCAGGUCGCGCCCAUCGUCAAGCUGGAGGAGGUCGCCGUCACCACCGGCGAGGAGGACGAGGACGUGCUCCUGGACAUGAAGGCGAAGCUGUACCGGUUCGACAAGGAGGGGAACCAGUGGAAGGAGCGGGGCACGGGCACUGUGAAGCUGCUCAAGCACAAGGAGACCACCAAGGUUCGCCUUGUCAUGCGCCAGGCGAAGACGCUCAAGAUCUGCGCCAAUCACCUCGUGGUGGCGACGACGAAGAUGCAGGAGCACGCAGGGAGCGAUAAGUCAUGUGUGUGGCACGCGCUGGACUUCGCCGACGGCGAGCUCAAGGAGGAGAUGUUCGCCAUCCGCUUUGGAUCUGUUGAGAACUGCAAGAAAUUCAAAGAUACUGUAGAAGAGAUUGCUGAGCAGCAAGGAAAGAAUGAGGAAAAAGAAAACGAGGAAGUCUCCUCUGCUGCUGUAUCUGUAGAGAAGUUAACAGUGACAGAGGCCAACAAGGAGGAAAAUGCGAAGAAAGAGGAGGCUCCCCCAGCAGAUGAUAAGAAAGAUGUUAAAGAGUGAAGGCGCCUGCUUUUGCUGCCUAUGCGUUAGUGGGCAUUUAUAUACUCAAAACAAGUGUCAAAUGAGUGUCAUUCCAUUCAUUUUGUUGUCAAGGUUAAUCUUACCUUCACAAAUUUUCAUUGUGUUUUCUUCGGGAUGAAUGUUUGUGCUAGGCAAAAUUGGAGUCGUGUCAGUCAUCUACUUGGCAUUGUUAGUUGAUAGACUUAUUUCAGUUGCUUGUUUAUCUGGGAUGGAGUGGCUGGGGUCAUCGUGUUUGUACAAUUAUUUGGAGUUGCUUUUGGAAUGAACGCGGUUUGAGUUGUUCAAA